UUAGAAAGAUCAAGAGCUCAUAGAAUCGUUUGGUUAUUGGAAGAAUUGAACCUUGAUUAUGACAUUAAAUUAUAUCACAGAACCGAAAGUCAAAGAGCACCAGAAGAACUAAAGAAAAUCUUCCCAUUAGGUAAAAGUCCAAUUAUUGAAGUUGAUCAUCAUAAUGGUAAAGAAUCAAAGAAGCUUGCUGAAAGUGGUCAUAUCACCAACUACUUGAUUAAACACUUCGAUACAAACAAGAAAUUGACUGCAAAUACAGAGGAUGAUGAAGAAUCCGUUGAUUAUUUCGUCAAUUUUUCAGAAGGUACUUUAGGUGCUCAUUUGACUUAUUUAAUUGUUCAUCAAGUUGGUGCUAGUAAGGCUCCUUUCUUUGUCAGACCAGUGAUUAAUGCCUUUGUUAACAAAAUGGACACAUUUUAUGGUAUUUCUGAAGUCAAAUUAUGUAUUGAUUUCAUGGAAGAUAUUUUAGCAAAACAAGCAAAAAUAAACCCAGAAGAACUCUAUUUUGUGGGUGAUCAUUUGACUGGUGCAGAUGUCAUGCUUUUCUUCAACAUUCAAACACUUUUGGAUGGUAAAAGAUUAGGUGAUGCUAUUGAUACUGCUGAUUAUCCAAAUAUGAAUAAAUUUUUAGCUCAAGUUAAAAACAGACCAGCAUACAUCAAAGCCGAAGAAAAAAUUCAAACUGUUGGUAAAAACCAGUUUGCCAAAGAUCCUAUUAGCUAA